AUGCCAUCCGUCGACACUUUGACGACAAGCUUGAUUAUUCUUACCUCCGGUAACAAGUCUUUUGUUGCUUUCAGCAACUUGAGCGACACCGAGUCACUCACAAAAACAUGGAAGGUAUGCACCAAAGUUGCUUCAUAUCUCGAGCAGGGUCAAUGCCUCAAGAAUCUUUCUUGGUGGCUUUGGCACUUGCAAAACCUCAUGGUCGACACCGACAAUGCAAAGUCCAAAUGCGAGUUCAAGAAACUGUCAAAAAACAUGGGCGACAAACUCAACAAGGAGAAGGGCCACGCCAUUGAAUCUCUCGAAGCACCUGACUUCAAACAAAAUGCUUCAACCAACCUCAUCCAUCAGUGA